UAAAUCCAAUUAGAGAAUGAGUUGUCGAUAACCCACAUUAUCAAUAGAUCUUAAGGAGCUUCAAUACAUCAAUUCGAUAUGUCACCACUGAUCCCAUUGAUUCUUCUUCUUGCUCUCUUCGCAACUAUCUUCAGUCCAACAAGUGGAGAACCCGUAGGUGUAUGUUAUGGAAUGAUGGGGAACAACCUUCCUUCUAAACCAGACACCAUCGCUCUCUUCAGACAGAACAACAUCCGAAGAGUCCGUCUCUACGACCCAAACCCAGAAGCUUUAAACGCUCUUAAAAACACCGGCAUCGAAGUCAUGGUCGGCGUCCCAAACUCCGAUCUCCCUUCACUCACUAACCCUUCAUCAGCUAGAGCGUGGCUCCAAAACAACGUUCUUAACCAUUAUCCCGCCGUUAACUUCAAGUACAUCGUCGUCGGUAACGAAGUUGUUCCGUCCAACGGCGGCCGCGAUGUGCUCUUUGCGAUGAGUUACAUUUACGAUGCUGUUUGCGGUGCGAAUCUUCAAAAUACGAUCAAAGUCUCAACCGCGGUUGAUAUGACUUUGAUUGGAAAGUCUUUUCCUCCUUCCGCUGGAGAGUUUCGUGGUGACGUUAGGUGGUAUAUCGAUCCCAUCAUCAAGUUCUUGGCAAAUACGAACUCGGUGUUACUGGCCAACAUCUACCCUUACUUCAGCUACAUCGGCAACCCACGAGACAUCUCGCUCUCCUACGCUCUCUUCACCUCUCCUAACGUCAUAGUCUGGGAUGGAUCUCGCGGCUACCAGAACCUCUUCGACGCCCUGCUCGAUGUUGUUUACUCUGCUGUAGAACGUUCAGGCGGUGGAUCUGUUCCCGUUGUCGUUUCCGAAAGCGGAUGGCCUUCAAACGGAGGAAACGCUGCGAGUUUCGAUAACGCGCGAGCGUAUUACACAGGCCUGGCGGCACGUGUGAGAGAGAACAGAGGGACGCCUAAGAAGCCUGGGAGAGGUGUGGAGACGUAUUUGUUCGCCAUGUUCGAUGAAAAUCAAAAGAAUCCUGAGUACGAGAAGAACUUCGGUUUGUUUUUCCCUAAUAAACAGCCAAAGUUUCAGAUGGCAUUCGCUGGCGUGAGGGAGGGUACGGCGGUUGAGAAAGUUGUAUAUGAGACUUCUGUGACUGUUUGAAACUGUGUGGGGGAGCGAUAAUCCCAUAAAUAAUCUCAAAUAAUAAAAAUUUCGAUAAAUCAUAAAUAAAUAAAUAAAAUUUCUGUUUGAAAUAAGAA